CAUGACAGCUUCCGAAAACUGAGGUCAGACAUUGUGUAUAUAUAAUCAGAGCCCAACAAGGAUUCAGCUUUGGAAGAAGUUCAGGAGCAACUGGUACAGAUUGAAAAGAAAGUACAGUCAGAAAUAAGAGGAUGAUCAUGAAGGUGAGAGUCGUGGCCCUGAUGGCAUUUCUGGUGUCCCGGGCUCAGGCAUUCAUGUCAGUUGGGGGUAGCGGAAACACUCAUGUGACCAUUACUGAUAGUGCUGUAAUGGCAAAGAUCUAUGAGGUGUGUGAAGCAGUGGCUGAAACUGAUGGAAGAGAAUUCAAACCAACAGGUUCAUCAGCAGAAGAGCUGCUGAGUGCCUGCCUGGGUAUGGCCACAGGUGAGGUUUCAGGUUCCAAGUUUCGUACGGCUCUGAAUCAGAUCUACAUGCAGAACAGCUAUGUGGACCGUGACUUGAUGGGCAGUGCACCACACCACUUCAAUAACGAGGCCUUUGAUGAGGGACGCAACCUCAUCACUCAGGGGACAGCAGCCAUUAAAGCUAAUGUCCACACUAACAACCUUCAAUCUGCCCGAGACACAUUGGGGCGAGUGUGUCACACACUGCAGGAUUUUUAUAGCCACAGUAACUGGGUUGAACUAGGUAACAAAAGUCCAUAUGUCAACCUCAUCAGACCAGAUCUCACCAUUGAGAACAUUGCAGAUGUUACAAUGCCAACAUGCAGUGACUGUGCCACUGGCAAAUGUCCAAACCCGCUUCUGCCUGCCAUUCUGAACGGGAAGUAUCUCACUUCGGGAUACAUGGACUUGUUCUCCUCUGACAAACCUCAGGGUAAAUGUAGCCAUGGUGGGGAUACUGAUCUCAGCAGUAGCCAGAAUCCUCGUGGUGGGAUCAAUAAAGAUGAGCGCCUUCCCUAUAAUGCUCAUCUACACAAUACUGCUGCAAACCUGGCAUCUGAGGCCACCAUGGACCUGCUAGAAGAUAUCCGUGGUGCCAUAGGAAACAAGGACUACCUUCGGCUGAUGGGUAUCGCACGAUCUGCAGUGCUGGUCUUUGUCAUUGACACUACAGGCAGUAUGUCACAAGACAUCGCAGAGGCCAAAAGAGUCGCUUACAACAUCAUCGACAGUAAGAAUGGAACUCAAGAUGAACCAUCUCAAUAUAUUCUGGUGCCGUUUAAUGAUCCAGAUUUUGGACCAUUAAUACGGACCACAGACCCAGAUGUGAUGAAAUCUGAGAUCUCCAAGCUCAGCGCUGCAGGGGGUGGGGACAUCCCAGAAAUGUGCCUGUCAGGACUUCAGUUGGCUCUGACAGGUGCUCCCUCCUCCUCACAAAUAUAUGUGUUCACAGAUGCCCCAGCUAAGGAUAUGUUCCUUGAGAAUACCAUCACUGCCCUUAUCCGCAGCACCAAGUCAACGGUGUCUUUCUUCAUGACAGCACCAAUGAGGAAGAGAAGGGAGCUGCCACGCUCACAGUUUCAAGUGUAUUAUGACAUGGCUUUGGCCUCUGGGGGUCAAGCCAUUGAAGUCUCAAAGUCCCACCUCUCUCAAGCCACUGACAUCAUUGUUGACACCUCUACUUCUGCCCUGGUAACUAUUUUGCAGUGUUCCAGGAAUUCAGGUCUUGUGGAGAGUUUUCCCUUUCUGCUGGAUAAAUCUGUGUCCAAUACUACCAUCUACAUCACAGGGAGUGACCUAAUAUUUACCCUACACAGCCCUACAGGUGUGUCUCAAGCUAACACGGUUGCCAGUGGACCUCUGGGAAUAAUUCAGAAAGUGGGAAACCUGCAACGAAUCCAACUGAAAGGAACGGACAUGGGCCUGUGGAAUAUUGACAUGAAGUCAACAGGGUCCUACACCAUAAAAGUAAUUGGUCAGAGUGCAAUUUCAUUCAUCUAUGACUUUGUAGAGGAAUUCAAAGGACCACAUCCUGGAUAUGCUGUCAUUGAUGGAUGCCCACCAGCAGGAUUACCAGCUAAGCUGUUGCUAAUGCUGACUGGAGAGAAAGGUCCAGAGGUUCUGGAGGUGCAGGAAGUUGCUCUCAUGGAUGUGUCAAGGCUCAGAGUGUCUAAAGGAACCAUAGAGAAAAUGGGUAAUGGAUAUUUCCUAGUUACUGUGAAGGAAGUACCAGAGGGAGAGUUUGUGGUGUGGCUGAAGGGAAAAGACACAACCUCCUCUAGCCUUUUCCAGAGGCAGAGCACCACACAGAUGUCUCAGUCCAAAGUCAACAUUAAGGCAAUGGUAGGAAGCUCCAUGCAACCAGGAAAAGAAUUUAAACAAAAUUUUAUUGUAACAACCAAUGGAACUGGUGGUGCCUACACAAUUCAUGCAAGGAACGACAAAAGCAUCCCUAUGAACUAUCCAUCAACGCUCACCCUUGUAAGCGGAGGAAGUGCUCAAGGGACAGUGUCUCUAACUCCUCCUGCUAACACUGUUUCAGGCACAGACGUUACUCUCACUAUGGAGGCAGAGGGCCCUGGAGGAAGUGACUCAAAUUAUGUUGUGCUUCGCCUUUCGGUCCUCUCUAAGGUGACAGACUUCACACCUCCAAAAUGCAAAAUUUUCGGUGUUCAGGGCAGUUGCUCCUCCUCCUCUUGCAGCUCGUCAAACUGGGAACUGUCUGUCAACAUCACAGAUGGUAAUGGCACAGGUAUCAAUAGCAUUACCAUCCAGCAAGGCAGUGGAAACCUCACUCAGAAAGAAGUGGUAAACACCAGUGUAACCGUGGUCAUGGGUCAAUAUGAGGCCUCAUGUUGCUCACCUUCUGUGACUUUAUCUGCAGUUGACAAGGUGGGGAAUGUGGGCAGAUGCAUUUACAGCAUGAAGACCAGUGCAGGCUCUCCGCUCGUCAGCAUGUCCCUCUCUCUGUGGGCAUGUCUGUUUAUAUCCGCCAUGAGUUUGCUACGUGAUGUCUUCUCUCUUUGAUGGUAGAGAGCUCUUCCAACCAAAUUCAAAAGUAUCCUAUCCAUUGCUUAAUCUUGCACUCUCUUAAACCCUCUACGAACUGUGAAAUAAUAGAAAGUGAGAAACCGUGCUGCUUAUUCAGAACCCAUAUUCAGAGAGUUUUAUGUGGACACAUGUGACAGGCAGAAAAUUAAUUGUGAGUCAUGGAAGUAUUGUUUGUUAACAUGGAUUUGAUUAAAUGAUUUUUAUUUAACAUACUAUCCUUGACAAAGGACUGUAUUAUUCAUUUCCAAUACAUUUUAUAUACAGUACACAGAUAGUUGGAGUGCCAUGUUUCAUACUAUUCUUUUUAAAUAAAAUGUUUGGAUUAUCAAAAUACAAAGGCAUUGUAGGAAUGGAAAUUAACAAAGAAAUUCAUUCCUGAAUUAAGACUCUUAUUCCUUUGUGAAAACAGACCACCUCUUUCAUUCCAAUACUUACAAAGGGUGCUGGUAAUGAUCUAUCAGCCUGUUGGCUGAGGUGUCUUGUGUAUUGAGACUCUUUCAUAUACAUAUUUCAUACAUCCAAUUUGAAAUUAUUUUCUUUAAAUUGUAACCAUCUGAUGUAACCUUUUAAGACAUUACUGUUAUUAAACAUUUUCAACUUAAUCUGUCUAGUUUCUAGCACUGUGUAAACUAUAUACUUUCAAGUGCUCCAUAUUGCUUAACAAUAAGGUCAUAGUUCGGUUCUAAACAAUGCUCUCCCACGUUAUUAGCUAUUCUAACUGCACUUAUUUCCAUCGUUGGUAUAAGUAGCAGAAGGUGGUAAUAGACAAGAAAUGCACAGUUUUAUUCCAUCUUACUGUUAACAUUUCUUCUGUCACCUCAGCAUUCUUACAUCUCGAACCACUGUAGUUCAAAAAAAAAAAAAGAAAAACACCUUACAGCAUGUUACAAAUACAAAAUACAAAUGAAUGUGUUUGCUUAUAUACAAUUUUACUAUUUUCCCUGCCCAGAUAGAGAAAUAUAUAAAAUAGUUUAUACGUUCAGGCAAGCUUAAUAUCAGUGCUGUCUCAUUAAUAUCUGCAAUGACUUCUACUGUAAAUACACACUGAAAAAACAUAUUUUUUGGUAGCUCAAAUGUACCAUACAACAUUUAUUUUUUUAAUUAAACCUUAAAGAAAAAUUAUACUGUAGGCCUAUAGAGCAUUUUUGGUAUGCACUAUGCAUUAUGGUCACAUACUAAAAUGCGUUAGCUUAUAUAGUGGUUUUAUGUGCUUUGGAUGAGGUGGUACAUGUCAUCAGAGGAAAAUGCAAUCUAUAAGACAAUCUAAAGCA